AUGGAGCUGGUGGCGAGCGACGAAGCGGACGAGCCCAACGGCAGCUGGGCCCGAGCCCCGGUGGCGACCUCGGGCCGGCUGUACGAGGUGCCCCUGGAGGUGAUCGCGCUGCUGUCCUUCUGCUACGGCACCAUCUCCCUGGUGGCCGUGUUGGGCAACGCGUUCGUGCUCUGGAUCGUGGCCACGUCGCGGCGGAUGCGCACAGAGACCAACUACCUGAUCGCCAACCUGGCCAUCAGCGACAUCAUCAUCGGGCUCUUCUCGAUCCCGUUCCACUUCCAGGCGGCCCUGCUGCAGCGCUGGCUCCUGCCGCGCUUCAUGUGCGCCUUCUGCCCGUUCGUGCAGGUGGUGUCCGUGAACGUGUCCAUCUUCACGCUGACGGCGAUCGCGGUGGACCGCUACCGCGCCAUCACCAUCCCGCUCAAGGCGAGGCUCAACUCGCGCCUCACGGCCCGCGCCCUCAUCAGCGUCAUCUGGGCCGUGUCCAUGCUGGCUGCGGUGCCGUACGCGCUCGCGCUCCGCGUCACCCUGGUGCAGGACGCCGCGACGGGCCAGCGGACGAGGCCCUUCUGCCACAAUGUGGUCGUGCCGCCCGCCGCCUGGCGGCUGUACAACAACGCACUCGUGUGCCUCCAGUACUUCGUGCCGCUCCUCGUCAUCUGCUACGUCUACGAGAAGAUCCGCAGGCUUCUCAAGGACUCCACCAUUCCGGGCAACCCGGAGACCGUGCGCGACGCCAUCGUGGUCAGGAACAAGAAGAAGGUGAGGACGUCCUCGGGGCCGGCCGUUCGGAAGGACGGCAAUCUGUCGUUCGAUAGUCCGAUGCUUAACCGCGGGGUUAUACGAUGUUCUUAA